CCCCAUCCAUCCAUCCAUCCCUCUCUCUCGCGCACAGGAACCCUACUCCUCUCCCGAUCCAAAUCCGCCACCCACCUCCCUCUUCCCUCGCCGCCGCCUCCCACCACGGCUCCUUCGGCCGCUCCCUUCCACCAACUCCCCUACCACCGUCGGCUGCCAAAUGCACCACCACCUUCUCCACCAACUCCUCUCGACCGCGCCGCUCGCGGGGGCCGCCGCGGACGGGGCCGCGCUCGGUUGGGGCCUGCUGGGCAACCACGCGCGCAAGUGCGGCUGCACGGGCCUCAAGAAGGUCGUCGAGUUCGACAUCCAGCUCGAGACGGCAGAGUGCGUGCGCGGCUGCCCCACCCCCGCCGCGCGAUCGGCCCUGCUCGCCGUCGUCGGGGCGCCCCGCUCCGUCGAUCUCGACGACGAGCACCGCGAGCUGGAGGCCGAGCUCCGGAAGAUGGUGCCGCAAACAAAUGCAAGGCCACCGGCGCCGCAAUCGCCGCAUCUGCGAUCUUGCGUGCCGCCGCUGCAGCCCUGAGAGAUGGUCAAGGUAUUAACCAUCUCUGAAGCCCCGCAUCUCAGGAGAAGAAGGGGCACGCCCAGGAGAAUAAGCAGUAGGAGAUGAAGGCCCUGCAAUCAGCAGUUUCUUAUGCAUGUAUUUUUUUCAGUAGCAAAUCAGUAACUAUGUCCUGCUUUAGAGUGAUGCACUUUUAGGUUUUAUGCAGUAGUCCACAGUUAAUGUUUGCCCCCAGUAUGGUGGAUGUAUGGUUGCAUGUCAACAACUACCACAAGCAUUUAUAUCAAAGAAAAAUGGGUGUACUGUA